GAAGUCGGGGCCUGCUGAUUCGGUUUUAGUAUCCGAUUUUUGUGUAUCGAUAUCUCGGAAACUAAGCAAGAUAGCGAAACAUUUUUUAUUUUUUAUUUUCAGCGUAUCUCAACAAGAUCUAUGUGAAUCCGCCUAUAAAUCGUGGCGCCGUUAGAAAAGUAAUCGUGCCAAAAAUUAAUAAUAAAAUUGCAUUCGUAAUUAUGUAAGCUAAUAAAUGCUUGACGGAACUAACGAUGGCAUUCAGACACCGGGCGCGCGGAAGGCUAAGCACCUGUGGUCUUGAUUGCAGGUGCUUUUGUCCAUAGCUAGGUAUAUUAAUUAAGUAAAUUAUAGAUAAGUUACGGCUUAUAUAAGUUCUUCUAUUAGGUACAGUUACCUCUCAUUAUCGGAAGUUAUGGAGUAAUGAAUCCACCGUGCGUUUGGUGUCUUUUCACGGUUUUCAUAUGUCUUUGAAAUAUUUUUUUUUCUCAGAUAUGCAGGUUUCUAUGUUUUCUUCACCACAGAGUAAGUCGUAAAUCAGUACUUUAUAUUCCGAUAAAAAAAAUUAUUGGUGCCGGUAGGUAUCGAACUCUGAUUACUAGCUAGUGUGUCUGAGUGGAAUUCACUAUAUUAUGAUUUUAAACUAACUUCCCGAAAAGCUAGAGACUUGAAAUUUUGAACAUAGCUCAGAAUCUGAUAACAAUAUAAGAAUAUGAAAAAAUAAACCAAAAAUAGUUUUAUCAGUUGUCGUUGUUUACACUUAGAGAUAGCACGUGUCGGUGUUAUUAAAACGAGUUCUGAGCACCAGGAGUUACAAACAAAUUCUAUUUAAGUUCAUUUUCUAUCACUUCUUUUUUUUUUAUAUCUUUAUAUCUUAUUCGAUUACGUCGAGAGUAAUUGUUAAUAAUAAUGCAUUGUGCACUAUGCAAUACGGAUUUGAAUGAUGGCGUUAAGUGUGGAUCGUGUAAAAAGCAACUUUGUUUUGGCUGCUCAAAUAUAACCGAAGCUGGGUAUAGGAAGCUGGGUGCCGACCGAAGGGCUGCGUGGAGGUGUUCCUAUUGCCGGAACCUUCUAUACGCCCCUUCAACGCCAACGCCAACCACGUCGCCGCCGAUCCCUGCCAUUAAUGGUGGUGCUUCAAUUGAUAUGGUUCUGCAGGAAAUACGUGACCUAAAACUACAGCUUCACUGCCUACCAGCACUCAUUGAUGACGUGAAAAGCAUUAGGCGUGAAAUACAAGAGCUAAAAUCAUCCUGUGAAUUUAAUAGUGAAAAAAUAAUUAACUGUGAGUCCAGAAUAACUGAUCUUGAAUCCAAGACACCGAAAUUGGAGCAAAUAAAAAUAACAGUUGACUCGACACUCUCUGAAAUAUCGACCCUGAAAAAGGAGUUAGCUGCUAAGGAACAAUGGUCUCGACUUAACAAUGUCGAGAUAAAGGGAGUUCCCCUAAAGAGAGAUGAAAACCUUUUUUCAAUAGUAGAAAACAUAUGCACGCAAGUUGGUUACACGAUCCCCAAACAUCAAAUAAAUUACAUAGCGAGGGUGCCGACACAUUUUGGUAAAGAUAAAUCUAUUAUUGUCAACUUCAUCAACCGCUACAUAAAGGAAGAAUUUGUAGCUGCAGCGAGAGCCAAGAAAUUCAUGACAGCGAAGGACAUUGGGUUUGUGGGUAAUGAACAACGUCUGUAUGUUAAUGACCACUUAACACCGUAUUCUAAGACUUUGUUAACUAAAACCAAAGCUAUUUGUAAAGAUAAAGCUUAUCAAUACGUUUGGGUAAAGUAUUGUAAAAUUCAUGUUAGAAAAAAUGACACUACGAGGGUUAUGAUUAUAACAAGUGAUAGUGAUUUAAACAAGUUAGCUUAAACUGCCUCCAAAGAUAUAAUUCGCUUAACUUAGGUCUCAGUUUAAUUACAUAUUGUUUAAUUGCUUCUGUUGUACAUUACACUCGUAAUGAAAUGUUUACAACCCCUGCUUUGCAGAUGUAUCGCUUUUGUUAUUCUGUGUUUUUUUCUAAAACUCUUUGUUUGAUAUAUUGCUCGACGUAUAAUUGUUCCUACCCGCUUCUUCGAUAUAUUUUAGGUAACCGUAUGCAUAUUGUGCUCGCUUUUUUCGCUCUUAUACCCUAUUUGGUAUUAAAUGAUAUUGAUUGCACUUAUUCCAUGCUGCAAAAAUGUUUUAAUGUAUUAAUAUGUUAUCGUGUUGGUUUGCUUUCGUAUCAUGCUAUUAACCCCAAUAUUAAUAAUAUAUUUUUAAUUAGUUAUUUUAAGACUUUUUGCAUUCCGCUUAGUUUAAUAAUCUUGAUUUUUAGUUGCAUAAGCAUUUGUGUUCACCUGCUUUUUCAUUACACUUUAAACAUUUUUUUUAAUACUAGAGUUGGCUUUCUCGCUAUUCCUCUUCGUAAUAUGAUGUUGAACGAUAUUGAUUCUAUUAUUUUUUUAAUAAUGUAUUUAUUAUUACAGCACUGUUUUGACGUGAUAAUUAGUUACCAUGUUUAUUCGCUAUUUGUGUUUGCAGUUAAAACCAAAUUAAGGAAUUUUAGUUAUUAUUUUAAGAUUUUUUACAUAUUGCCUAGUUUUAUAAUUUCGAUUUUAUAUUGUUUUUAUUUUAUUUUUAAUUUAAUGAUUUACAAUGGCUACGUUUUUUAUUAAUAAUACGAAUAGCUCUUUAUUUAAUAUUUAUUAUCAGAAUGCACGAGGUCUGCGUACUAAAACAUCUGACUUCUACCGUAAUACCUGCUCGUCUAAAUAUGAUGUCAUUGUUAUAACUGAAACGUGGCUUCUGGAUGGUAUUUCGAACUCUGAGUUAUUUGAUGGUCGUUAUGUUGUAUGGCGCCGCGAUCGUGAUUAUGCUGGGACGGGCCAAUUGUACGGGGGCGGUGUACUCAUUGCGACACGCAGAGAGUUGUCUGUUGAACCUCAACCGAACUUUAACUCCAGUGCUGAAGAUCUUUGGCUCACGCUUACUGUCAUAAAAAGCGAUACUAAAAUUCCUACUUUUCUGCAUAUUUGUGUCUUAUAUUUAUGUAAUUUACAUGGAAGUUUUAGUUUCUCGGAUCAGUUAUUGAAUUUUUUUACAAAACUUAAUGAUACAGUCUUAAAAUAUCCCACGGAUAAAUAUCUUAUAGUGGGUGACUUUAAUUUAAGUAACAUAAAAUGGAUACCCGCAUCUAACUGUUCCAAUUGUUGUUACCAUUGCUAUGAGCCAACGAACUAUAGUACGCACAACGAACGGUUACUGGUAGAUGAAAUUAAUGCGCUUAACUUUUGCCAAUAUAAUGGUAUACGCAAUAAAUAUGGUAAAACACUCGACCUUGUGUUAUCUAACUGUGAUGUAGCCGUAUCUGAUUGUAGUGACGACUCUUUGGUACCAGUAGAUCCCUUUCACGGAGCGUUAGUAAUUGAAGUACGUUUUUAUGAGUUAAGCACACUUAAAACAACUCCGUUUAUUAAGUUUUUUUAUAACAAAGGUGAUUAUCAAUCAAUUCAUCGAAAAUAUGCUGAAAUCGAUUGGCAAACCGAAUUUUCUUCGAAAUCUCUUAAUGAUUCCAUUAAAUAUUUUUAUGAAAUAUUUGAGAAAUUAAGAGAUAAGCACAUACCGUCAAAAAUAAUUAAACCGGACUCUUACCAUACGUGGUAUUCCCCAGC